GCAGGGUCUGUGCGGCGCUAAGUUAUCAGGGGCCGAUGUGGAGCGAAGCGCAGAGUGACUGUGUUUGUGUGACCGCGCGCAACUCGGCCGCCUUUGUCUCUCCCUCCUCGCUCUUGUCCUCGUAGCAGCGGCUCCAUCUGUCUCUCACUCUGUCUGUCUCGCUGGCUGGCUGGGCUGGGCUGUCUCCGUCUAAGCUCCGUCGAGGCUUCUAAUCAGCGGGCUGUAAGUGGUGCGUGUGAGUCUCUGUGCGCGCGCGCGCGUGUGUGUGUGUGUGUGUGCGCGCAACGGUGCGAGGUGCGACUCAGCUUGACGCAUCACACGUGCGCGCCGAGUUGGUGGACUCUCCCGAGUCUUUGGCGUGCGGUGUCCACCCGUGUGAGUGUCUGCCUCCGAGCGUGCCGCUCUUGUGUGCAUGCGCGCGUACGCGUGUGUUCGACUGCCUCGGCGCGUGCGUAGUGUGUGCAUGUGUGUGUGAGCCCGUCUGAGUGUGUGUGUGUGCGUGCGUGAGUGAGCGUUCCAUCCGUGUGGCUCUGUAAAUACAUAGAUGUGUGUCUGUCUGUCUGUCUGCGUGUGCGUACAGCGAUUUGUCUGCGUGUCCGUGUGUCUGUCUGUCUGUCAUAAUCGGGUUUGCGGAUUAACUUCCAGGUAUGAGUGUGUGUGCUAAAAUUGUUUAAAUCCUACUCCCAAAGCCCCAUUCUCCUUACUCUCUCUCUCUCCCCUUCUCUCUCUCUAUCUAUACAUCCAUCCAGUCUCUCCCUUCGCUCUAUCCUUCUCAGCUCUCUCUCUCUUCUCUCUCCGUCUCUCAGCCUCACGCUUCGUCCUUCCUUUCGCCUGGGCGCCUCUCUCCGUUGCAAUUACGAUAUCGCUGGCGUGCAUAUUCUGUAUAUGUAACGUAUAAUUAAAUAUACAUGUAGGAUUGUUUUAAUAUAUGCACACACCUGUGUGUUUUACACAAACGCAGAUUAUAAUUACAGCAACGGAUAUACCUUUCGUAGUAUUAUUCAUUGGUAGUACUACUUGUUUAACCAAUAAUCGUGAGCGGAGAUGAGUCCGUCGAUUAGUUAAGAUUAGAAUGGUUGAGAUAUUAUUCUAGAGAGAGAGAGAGACACACACACACAAGACCUCACCACGGAUUCGCCACGGCUGGUGGAGGGAGGUGAAGAAAACAGAUUAGUGGGAAGAUUCGAAGACACGGACGCAUCAGGCUUGGAGGAGGUGAGCGUUGAUUUCCACAACCGUCAAAUUCAAAGCUUCCCACAAGUCCGCCUGCUCGUCAGCAGCCCCGGGUCCUCGUUCUCCUCUACCACCACUAGGAUCAUCAUCAUCAUCACCACCGCCACCUUCUCACCAGUCGCCCGUAUUUGAGGACGUUAUAUCUGGCUACAAGAGAGAUGCGUUCGGCCGGCUUCGACCUCCCGCUUCUCGGGGGAGCUGUCCUUCUCCUCCUGCUCCUCGUCGUCGCCCUAGCCCCUCUCCAGCCAGCGACCGCAGCCUGGCAGGCGAUCCAGCCAGGUCAAGGCCAGGCUCAGGGUCAAGGUCAAGACUUGGGGCUGGCUCGGAGGAGCAAGCGGAGCUGGGUGUGGAAUCAGUUCUUCGUGGUGGAAGAAUUUAAAAUGCCCGAGCCUUUCAAGAUCGGCAAGCUCCACUCUGACCAGGAUCCUGGGGACGGAUCAGUUCUCUACCUGCUCACGGGGGAGGGAGCAGGAUCUCUCUUCACCAUCGACGAGCACACGGGGGACAUCCGAGUGUCCCAGGCUCUGGACAGGGAACAACAGUCGCUCUACACCUUGCUCGCGCAGGUGGUGGACGCGGUGACCAGACAGCCCCUGGAGCCGCCCACGCAGUUCGUGGUCAAAGUUCAGGACAUCAACGACAACGAACCGCGCUUCCCCGACGAGCCGUACCACGCCAGCGUGCCAGAGAUGUCUCCCAUCGGAACGUCCGUCACUCGAGUCACGGCUACGGACGCGGACGACUCUUCGUAUGGGAACAGUGCGAGGGUCGUCUAUCGACUGCUAGAAGGACAGCCAUACUUCUCCAUCGAUGCCAACACCGGAGAGAUCCGCACGGCGCACUCCAACCUGGACCGGGAGGCACGGAGCUUAUUCCGCGUGGUGAUCGAGGGCAAGGACAUGGCGGGUCAGAAGGGUGGCCUCACGGGGACCGCCACCGUCACCAUCACCCUGGAGGACGUCAACGACAACGCGCCUCUCUUCCCGCAGGGCACGUACCGCGCGUCGGUGAGCGAGGCGGCGGUGCCGGGCACGACGGUGGGGCGCGUGCGGGCGCAGGACGCGGACGAGGGCGACAACGCGAGGGUGGACUACCGCAUCGUGGCCGGGGACAGGGCCGGGGCCUUCUCCAUCGCCACCGACCCCUCCACGCAGGACGGGGUCGUGACCCUCGCUCAGCCGCUCGACUACGAGCGCAAGCACGCCUACACGCUCACCGUGGAAGCGUGGAACCCGGUGGCGGGAGGCGGCAGCUCGGGCAGCGGUGGCUCCACGGCGGCGGUGCCUCUGGCGGGCUCCGCGCGCAUCCUCGUGAGCGUGGAGGACGCGGACGAGGGCCCCGUCUUCUCCCCGGCCGCCUACGAGUUCGAGGUGGCCGAGAGCCAGGGGCCACGGCACCCCCUCGGCACGGUCACGGCCCUGGACCCCGACGCAGCGGCCCGACCCGUGCGCUACUCGAUCGAUCGCAACACGGACGUCGACCGUCACUUCGACGUGGACCCCCUGACGGGCGUCCUCACUGUCGCUCGGCCUCUCGAUCGCGAGUCCACCGAGGUCUUCAACAUCACGGUGAUCGCCACGCAGGCUGACGACCAGGCGCUGGUGGGCCGCGCCCCCGUCACGGUGCGAGUCCUCGACGUCAACGACAACGCCCCGGAGCUGCUGGGGCCCGACGAGCUCGUGCUGUGUGAGAACACGCCCCCUGGUCAGGCGGUGCACACUUUCAGUGCCGUGGAUCGAGAUGAGAAUCAUGUAUCAUCUCCGGUCAAAAUCUCGCUCUCCUCUCCGUCCUCCAACUCCAACUUCACGCUGACAGACCAUCACAACGGCACGGCCUCCCUAUCCCUGCGUCGGCGCCUGUCCCGCGGUGGUGCCGAGGAGCUGUCCACCCUGGGCCUGGUGCUGCCGCUGUCCGUGGUGCUGGAGGACUCCGGCUCGCCGGGGGCCCUGAGCAGCACGGCGACCGUGCGCGUUCGCGUCUGCGCCUGCAGCCGCCGCGGCGCCGUCACCGCCUGCACCCUGCAGGCACUCGCCGUGCUGCCCGCGGGGCUCAGCGUGCACGCGCUCAUCGCCAUCCUCGCCUGUCUGCUCAUCUUGCUCAUCCUCAUCCUCCUCUUCGUCUCGGUGCGCCGCCGCAAGAAGAAGGCUCCGUCCCUGCCGGAGGACGACGACAUCUGCGAGAACAUCGUCCGCUACGACGAGGAGGGGGGCGGCGAAGAGGACACCGCGACCUUCGACCUCGUCACGCUCACCUACCCGCACGCCCGCCCGCUCACCUCCUCCGCGUGCAGCGGCGGCGGCGGCGGCGGCGGCGCUCACCACAACAACAACAACCACCACCACCACGGCAACAACAACAACAGCCACCACCACAACAACCACCACCACCACCACAACAUCAACAACCACGACGGCGUUCGCCAGCCCAACCGCGUCCCGCUCGCCACGGCGGCGGUGGCGGCGACAACAACCGCAGCAUCGACGGCGUCGAACAACCGCUACCACCACAGCCACCACAACCAGCAGCAGCACCGCCACCAGCACCACCACCUCCCGCCCACAACCACCAGCUGCAGCGGCGGCGGCACAACCGCCGCCACGGCCGCCGCCGCCGCCAAUCACAGCGGCAGCAGCAACAACAACGGCGGCGGGGCCGCCGCGCCGUCCGGCGUUCGCUCGCGCGCGGGCACGUGCAUGGACGAAUUCAUCCAGGUGCGCCUGCGGGAGGUGGACGCCGACCCGGCGGCACCACCCUACGAUUCGGUGCAGGUGUACGGCUACGAGGGCAGCGGCUCGUCGGUGGCCGGCUCGCUCGGCUCGCUCAGCUCGCUCGGCUCGCUCGGCUCCGAGGCGUCGUCGCGGUCGCAGGGAGCGCCGUCGACGUCGACCGACGGCGACCAGAGCUACGACUACCUGCACGAGUGGGGGCCGCGCUUCCGCACGCUGGCGCACCUGUACGGCCACGCGGCUUCUGCUACUGCCGCCGCUGCUGCUGCCGCCGCGGCGCCUGCGACGGCGACUGCGGGAGCGGCGGCGGCAGUUGGAGCGGCAUCAGCGGCAGCGGCAUCAGCGGCGGCAGGAUCGGGAUCGGCCGUUGCGGCCGUUGGUGCUGCCGGUGCGGCGGCGGCGGCGGCGGCAGCGGUGGGAAUGGCGGGGAAGAAUGUGGACCGCGGAGGCGGUUAGAGGAACGAAGGGAAAUGAACGAACGAGUGGAACUCUUGGAACUUUGCGGGGGACCGAUCGUCGGUUGCGAUCGAUCGCCGCUUUUGAUCGAUGGGGGGGGGGGGGGGGGGGGUCAGAAUCAUUGGGACGAUUGAGGGAGUCCAGGGGGGAGAUGGAUGGGGGGGGGGGGGGCGGUAAAUUGCGGAUUUAGCCCCCGUACGCGACGCGAUCCGGUGAGCUGUCACGAUGAGGAUGAGGAGGGCGAUGAUGAGUUGAUGAGUUGCGAUGAUUCGGGAGCCUCUGCCGCUGGCGGUGAUUGCAGCGUCCCGAGUGGCUGCACGAUUUCACGAGAGCCAAUCGCCCUCGCGCUGUAGAGCAACGUCCGCAUUGGUAUGAUUGUUAUUUGUAUUAUUUAUUAUAAUGAGCCGUGGUCUAUCCACCGCUGGAUUAAGGCCCCCCCCCCCCCCCGUACUUUUCCACGAGCGGUGCCACGGUCCAAAUCGGCUCUCGGACGCCGCCUUUGCAUCGUCAACGUCCAGCGUCCAUCGCCCAUCGUCUUCCCAACAGUCGAUACGGCGAUGUCUCUGAACGCGAGUUUGUUACCUAGUCCAUUUAACGUACGGCACUGCAACCGAAAGGUCGCGAGCUUAUGAAAUCUGAUUUGACUCGGCGAAUCAAUGCAAUCCACCCCACACAUCCCGAUUGAUCAUUUUGAUUAUUAGCGGUGAUCUUCAUGAUAACAUCAUGAAGUAAUUAUUCAGUUGGUCUAAUAAAAGGGGCAAAUGGGAUGGAACAAAAACACACAGAAAUUAUAAACGCAUCUAUUUCUGAAUCGUAUUGCAACUCCGAAUCGUGACAACUUAUCGAAUCGUUGGGGAGAGGUGGGGGAUGGAGUAGGGUGUGGGGGAAUGGUGGUUGCGAGGUCGUAGGCGUGUACAUUAUUCUUACAACCCUCGCUCGGGGUUGCCACCUUUGAAGUACAAAAAAAAACCCGGGACAUAUCAUGGCAAGAAGAUUAAUGAUUUCACAGUACCAGAAGAGGUGGAGACUCACAGUGAACCCAACGUCUUGAUUGGCGCACUAUUAUCAUUAUUAUUAGGCCAUUGACAAUGGGCAGAACCUACUUUUUUCAUUUACGUUUCCUGGGAAGGACAAAUAGAUGUGUGUUUUUUUCCCCCAGUACUGCUGUCGCGAAGAAAGGGACUGUCCUGGGGAAAACCUGGACAGGUUGGCAGCCAUGGUCUCGCCCUCCACGUCUCUGUCAAAAGUUGGCCCAAUGGUUCCAAGCAGACACACCAAUGUCUGGGCAACGUUGGCCAAACGGUCGACCAGCGUUGCCCUUACGUUGGUGCAGACGUUGUGUCAACUUUGGCCCAACGUUGGUGCGACGUUGCCCCAACGUUGGCAUGUCUUUACUGGGGGCAGUAUUUCCGACCAUCCUCAACCGUUAUUAUUUGCGCUGCCAUUUUUUUCCCUGGACAGAUGACGGUGGUGAUGAUGAUGCCGAUGAUGAUGACGGUGAUGAUGAAAUUUGUAUUUACGAGAGAGAGAAAGAUAAUGAUUCUACACAUAAUGGAAAAAAAAAACAAUUUAACAACACAACCCCGAAGCUUGUACAUAGAUAUUUUUGGCGACAUGCCAUUAUUUUAUUAAUAGAGUUGUUAUAAUGAUACAUUCUAUACAUUAUAUAUAGCAAAACAAUUUUAAUCGGAGUGCAUUCCCAUAUAGGGACUUGCCCGCGCGACUAUAGUAUUAGACCAUUGCUGGGUUCGCGAACUCACGAACCGUGAAUCAAUUCAGAUGUUCACUCAAACUGGACAUUGGGUUCCGAAUAACCCCCUCUCGGUCCAGCCACGACUGCAAAACAUCCACAAUCCUUUUCUUCCUGCGACAAGGGCAGCGGAAAAUUCCCAUAACGUUUGGUUGACGAAACCCGUCGCGCUUAGAAACAGAACACCCAGGUUGAUUGUUCCCCCAACGAGCUCCGCGAAAGUCAUCGGCCUUGCCUCGACCCCCUAUCAUCAACCCUGUUUCCAUGGCAACGGGCAGCGAGUCGGCAUGGCGUGUACCUGUAGGACAUAAAGUGGGCGUGGUAUUGCCUGUAGGAUAGGAAGUGGGCGUAGUGUGUUUCUGUAGAUAAGGAAGUUGCAAGUUGAUGAGAACUCAAGAGACCAGGAUGAGCCUGAAAUGCAAGAGUGAAUGGGUGACUGAAUGAGCACAUGGUUGAGUGGAUCAGUGGGUGAAUGAAUGAUUGAACGAGUUGGUGAGAUGGUUGGUGAGUGAACGUAUGAGUGAGUGGGUGAUUGUGAUGGUGGGUUUAGAUGGUUGGUGAGUGAAUUAAAGUAAGGCUCAAGUUUGUUGAACUCAUUUAGAAUUGAAUAUACCAGGACGAGUCUCAUCCUGCAAGAGUGAGCGGGUGAGUGAAUGAGUGAGUGGGUGGGCGGGAAAAAGAUUUGAGCGAGAUGAGUGAGUUCAAGUUGAAUUUGUUUUCCUCGGUGGGAACUCAAAAAAACAAAAGACCAGGAUGAGUCUCAUUUGCAAGAGCGACUUCGCUCACUGGCUUUCCAGGGGGCACACUUACUGUGGUUAAGUGAUCUUCGUCCACGUUUCGUGGGGAGAGAUUUAACUUCAAAUAGCCCUCACUCAGGGCAUGUCCACAACGCGAACCAUCUGAGGCCGGCCUCUCCGCUACAGCUCAAGCAAGCUCUGAGAGUUUACAGAACAAUAUUGGGCACUGUGGCCAAGCCUGUGGAAUGAAAUCAAACGGUAACCAGCGAUGAAGAGAAUGACCAGGUGAACAUCCAUCGUUGGGCCAACGCACGAUAACGUUGGACUCAAUGUUUAGUUAAUGUCAACCAACGUUGGCCCAACGUUGAGCCUACGUGAAGCCAAACGUCAACCUACGUUGACCGUACAACGUUGCAAUGUUAGUUUUGAGUAUAAAUCAGAGCAAACAACAACACAAACAGCGACCCUAGAAGUCGAAAUUUUUGCACAGACAUCACAAAUGAGUUGGGGCCAUGGCCUUGUUCUUCUGGCCGUGUCAAGAUGCUGGUGAAAAGAAGUCAGAACUUUUUCGAAUUAAACGCAGGGGAAUGUAACGGCGAAGGCGAUGCAGCGGAUCACGUCCCGUGGACAACAACUACCAAGCAACAUUCGGAGGGACAUUGACGGCACGAUGAUCGGCCGUGCUUCUGUGGAUUAAAAGGGCCCAUUUACAAACCCAACGCACGCCUCUUGUCGCCAUAGGGCCUAGGCUGUGUCCUGUGAUUGUCCCACGUGAAUUUGAAAGUUUAUGGUGUGUUCAUCGUCGUUACCACCAUAACCUUCAUCAUCAGAAAUAACAUCAUCUAAAUCAGCAGCAGUAUCAGCAACGGAAGAAGCUAUAUCAAAGGUAUUAUCAUCAUCAUCAGCAGCAGCAGUAGUAACACUGCUAACAUUGCCAUGAUCAUCUUGCCACGCAUCAUUGUCAUCAUUAUCAUCAACAGACGCAGCAGUGUCAUCAUCAUCAUGACAACUGCCCUCAUUACAACUGCCAUAAUCACAACUAUCAUCAUCAUAAUCACAACUGCCAUCACAACAAUCGUCAUCAUCACAACUGCCAUCAACGCAAACUACCAUUAUCACAAAUGCCAUCGCAAAUAUCGUUAUCAUCACCACGACUGCCAUCACAACUAUCAUUACAACUACCAUCACAAUUAUAAUCAUCACAACUGCCAUCAACGCAAACUACCAUUAUUACAAUUUCCAUCACAAUUAUCAUCAUCACCAAAACUGCCAUUAUCACAACUGUCAUCACAAACUGCCAUUAUCACAACUAGCAUCAUCACAAACUUCCAUUAUCACAACUAGCAUCGUCAUAAUUGCCAUUAUCUCCAUCAUCACCAUCAUCGUCAUCGUUACUCCAAGGAAACAUACGUUUUGAUUUGAAGCUUUCGUGACUACAGGAAUCCAUACUCUUUGGUUCUUUCGGUAAAGUCACGUAGGUAGAAAUGAAACAAAAUGAAUCGUGACCUUUACACUAUAAUACCCCCCAUUAACACUACUUCGGCUACCUUUGUUCUCAAAAACGUAUAUAAACUCUUGCUGGUAACAGCUUCUCUUCACAAGGCAGCAAACAUCGUUUCUGCUCGCAGCAGACAUCGCGGCUAUCGCGAUUUCCACCUGACGACGAUGCCUUGUGUUGCUAUCGAAACGUCGUGAUUUAUGUAGCUCUAUUUCUACCUACCUGACUUUACCAAAAUGAGCAAAGAGUAAACGUACAUUUGUUUAUUUAUUUAUUAAAUCCGAACUCGAGUCGAUCAGCGCCGGGACACAGCCUCGGCGCGCGAAGCUCCCAGACGGACAUAGGCGCAGCCCUGCAAGUGCCCGUGCCGGAUAGGGGGAGGGGGACUCACCCAACUCGAUGGAGCUUUAAGGUGCCCUUCGUUCUUCCGAGGGUGUUUUUGGCCUAUUUUUCCACCCUGGCCGGCCGUCUUGGAAGAGGAGGUGGGAGUACAGACCUCUCGCCAUGUGUUGCGAGCGGGCGCGUUGUUUAUGCACACAAAGACAAAGAUCCCCCCCACUCCGAAUAGCCUUCAAUGGACUGUUGGGGCAAGUGCUGUUAGCGAGUAGCAGCAGCACCUACGAAGGCCAUACACAGGCGCACAAUUCUUCCAAGAAUCUCAAAUUCGCUAAGGGUUCGAAUGAGAAUGGCGAUGUUAUGAUUUCGAUUAUAACCACAGUAUAUAUGUAUCAUUAUGAUUGUUGUUAUACUACUACUACUUAUCUUUAUAAUUAAAUAGACAGCUCCGGUGCUUGUCGCACGCACACAAACGGUUCUUUGAAGAAGAAAAAAUGAAAAAUAAUACAAUUAUUAUCGGGAUAUUUAUGUAACGGCUAAAUAAAUAUUUUUCGUUGUUUCCGGGAGUUUUAGUUCCGUUGUUAUUCUUCGGGUUUGUUUUUUGUUUGGAGUCAAGAGUGAAAUAAAAAGGCUGUUGUUUUUAUGUG